AUGUUGGCGUUGGAGAACCUCUCCAAACUUCCUGUUAAAUCCUUGACACGUUUCAGGUUAGUUUGUAAGGCUUGGUCUUCAUCUUUUCAUACCCCACUUUUCAUUACAAAACAUCAUCAGAACAGCCUUAAUCUCCUCCUCAAACGUAGUAAUGGUAAUGCCCGUGAUGAUAUCUUUUAUAUCUCUCAGUUUUCGACUGAGAAAUAUAAAAACUUUUCGGUAAACCACAACAUUCACGUGCCCAUUUUCGAUGAUUAUUGUUUGUAUGUUCCUGAAGUUUAUGGUCCUUGUAAUAAAUUGUUGUGUGUAAGUGAAAAAUGCUCUUUGGAACCCAUCUACCUCAGAGUUCAAAACCCUUCCUCAGUCCAACGCCCUCCUAAUCUGGAUUACACUGGUUUUAACUUUUGCUUUAUUUUUGGGUACGAUCCUCCAACUGAAGACUACAAAGUUGUAAGAUUCGUUGCUUAUUAUGUUUUAGAUGAUGAAUAUGAAUCGAAGAAGCAAGUUGAGUUAUAUUCGCUUAAAAACGAUUCAUGGAAGGAAAUUAUAGUUCCUGGCGAGGGUCCUCGUGGCGGUACUAUGUUUAAUGCAUGCCUAAAUGGGUUUUGUUAUUGA